UUUGGGAGCCAGCGCAGUCCGAUGAAUGGGGGCCGGGAGUCACUUCCUCCACUUUCCCCCCGUUUCCGCUCUUCACCUGCUCAAAACUCCCUCCGCUUUGGAAAAGUUACAAAGUAGCCAAAGGGGAAAAAGGGAAAGUGAAACUAACAAGCCCCUAAACCUUAGACAUUCAUUCUGUUGCAUUCAGUGGCAGAUAAAGGAGAAGGGGGGGAAACAGGAUCUGAUAUGGCAGCCAGCACAGUGCUGUGAGCUCUGCCAGUCAAGGCGCGAUUCCAGUACCACUGGGGUCGAGCCUGCAGAGCUGGGGUGAAACGCCCAGGCCCAGACCCAUAAAGCUAGUCCAGCAGAAGUUAGGGGCGUAAGUACCUCUGGGGAUCUGGGCCUCUCUGAUUUUGGAAUCUGAAGGGGAGUGUUUAAGGCCAUCAAAUCAAGGAACUGUUCCUGGUAGUAAAGGAAGCCAAGUGUGGUUAUGUUAUCAUCCUGAUGGCGCUGUUCUGGUGUAUGGAAGUCCUGCCAUUGGGUGUUACUGCCCUCUUUCCUGUUGUGCUAUUCCCGCUCAUGAACAUAAUGGAUUCAACUAGCGUCUGUAGGGAGUAUCUGAAGGACACCAACAUGCUUUUCAUUGGGGGGAUGCUGGUGGCCAUUGCGGUUGAACACUGGAACCUACACAAGCGCAUCGCCCUGCGGGUCUUGUUAAUCAUUGGGGUCAGACCAGCCCUGCUAAUUAUGGGCUUCAUGUCUGUCACUGCGUUCCUGUCCAUGUGGAUCAGCAAUACUGCCUCCACUGCCAUGAUGAUACCAAUAGCCCAAGCUGUACUGGAGCAGCUGCACAAGUCAGAGGAGGAGACCAGUCCAGUUGGGCAUGUGGCUGAGAGCAUCAACAAAGCCUUUGAGCUGCAGGAGGUGCCAGAUAAAUCAGAUGCCUCUCAAGAGACACAAAAACAAGAUAACAGACAUGUGUUGACAGUGGAGGAAGAGGAGAAACUGAAAGAUGUGAAGCAGCUGGAAGAGGAGAAGCACCUGACAUUUUGCAAGGGAAUGAGCCUCUCUGUUUGUUAUGCGGCCAGUAUUGGAGGGAUCGCAACCCUGACUGGUACUUCCCCCAACCUGGUGAUGAAGGGACAGAUGGAUCAGCUCUUUCCUACCAAUAACAAUGUGGUGAACUUCGCUUCCUGGUUCAUGUUCGCUUUCCCUACCGCGUUACUGUUGCUGGCUCUUUCCUGGAUUUGGCUCCAGAUAAUGUUCUUGGGAUUUGACUUUCGGAAUAAUUUCGGUUGCGGAGGUAAUGCGUCUAUGAAGGCUAAGCAGAAAAUGGCUUACAAGAUUAUCAAGGACGAGCACAAGAAGCUGGGCCCCAUGAGAUUUGCAGAGAUAGCUGUCACAGUCCUCUUCUUAUUAUUGGUGGUGCUUUGGUUUACCAGAGACCCUGGGUUCAUCCCAGGCUGGGCAACUAAUGUCUUCAACAAGAAUGGCGAAAGUUAUGUGACUGAUGCGACAGUUGUCAUCUUCAUUUCACUUCUGAUGUUUCUAAUCCCUUCAGAGAUCCCCACCUAUCUAUGUCAUAAUAGGGCACAGCAAGCGCCACAACAAGAUAGCACAAGGCAGAUUCCAGUGCUCCCUGCUCUCUUGGACUGGAAGACGGUUAAUCAGAAGAUGCCUUGGAACAUUGUGAUUUUGCUGGGAGGUGGCUUUGCCCUGGCCAAAGGCAGUGAGGAAUCUGGUUUGUCUGAAUGGUUAGGUAACAAACUGACCCCUUUGCAGAAUAUCUCAUCUCCCGCUAUUGUUUUGCUGUUAUGUCUCCUGGUUGCCACUUUCACUGAAUGCACCAGUAAUGUGGCUACCACCACCCUCUUCCUUCCUAUACUGGCUUCCAUGGCUCAAGCCAUCUGCCUCAAUCCACUCUACGUCAUGCUGCCAUGCACACUCUCAGCAUCACUGGCAUUCAUGCUCCCAGUGGCGACUCCUCCCAAUGCCAUUGCCUUCUCCUAUGGACAGCUCAAGGUUACUGACAUGGCUAAAGCUGGGAGUGUUCUCAACAUCAUGGGAGUCCUGACAAUCAUGUUAGCCAUAAACACCUGGGGCUACCCCUUGUUCGAUUUGAACCACUUUCCAGUAUGGGCAAACAGCACGUCAGCAGCUUCCUGUAAAUAAUACAGAUGAACAAUGAAACCAAUUGCUGUGUUUGAUGGAGCAGUAUUGUUCACUCUGACCAGCAGCACCAUCUACUCAAGCUUUGGUGGACCAGACACAACAUCUAGAAACAAAGUCACCCAGAUGUUAACAGCAACACAAUUAUCUGACUCUUCUGCUGUAUGCAAAAGAUAUAGCCUUGCGCUGUGCAACCCUUGCUGGAGUCCCCAGGCUACCUCUCUCUUGAGAGCCAGUGGGAAAUUUUCCCCAGUAUCAGGCACAUCCAUUGGCUCUCAGAUUUUGACUGCAAAUUCAGUGUUUGUUUUGAGUGUGCAAGAAGAGGAAAGGACGUGUGACAGAGAAGUGUAUGUAAGAGGGUGGAAGGAGACAUUUGCACCUGAUGUUGUGUACGCAACUGUGUGUGUUUGAAACCUCUGUUUGUAGGUACAGACCUCUCUGUGUAUGUGUGCUUGUGCAUGGUGAACAUAAAACGGUAAGUGUGAUCUGCAAGCACUCCGGCAAUGUAUGUAUUGUAACAGUUAUGGACAAAUCAAAACACUAGCUAGCCCAUUCUAUUGCUCCGUAAUUUAUUUAUUUUAAAUUCACUCUGUAGUUGAAGUUCAUAAGAGCUUCUGAAAGUAAGAGGCUGUUUUCACUAGAACAUCAAUCCUAUGACUAUUUAUGGAGGCUCAAAAACUAUGCAGGGGGAGACUAUUUUUUUGUCAAGGUCCAAAUUUGUUGGUCAAUGUAUAGUCAAGGUCCAAACUCCAGAGAAAAUAACAAAAACAACAACAACAAACCAACAAUAAUAAUGAUAAUAAUAAGUACACAGAAAGAUUUUGGGGUCCAUUCAAAAGUGUCUGGCAGUCCAGAUUUGGCCCACGGGCCGCCUGUUGACUACCCCUGCUGUAACAACAUGACAAACUCUAGCAUUCUCCUGAGAAUGGGAAAAUU